AACGGUCUUCUGAAACAGUUUUGUUUGCGUUGACUACUGUGCAAAUCCAAAUUCUUGGCUUUGUUCUCAGCUAAGUGGUGAUGAUAUAAUUAACACGCACAAAUAGUUGAUAGCUUUUAAUCUCAUCCAUCCAUGGUUGGUUUUUGACUUUAUGGACCUUCUGUUCUGCGAUGCUUCCCACUUUUGAGUGAAGUCUGCAAUUCUUUUCUUCACUGACCAUAUGCAAUUUCCAAUCUGAUCUGGUUUAUAUUUUUCUUCUGGGGUCAAUUUUUUUCCAUCCCACUCUAUAUUGCGUGCUUUUUUAAUUUGUGAACGCCUUUCACCAAACCUUAAAAUCAAAGGAGUCUGUUUGCGUUUGGAUUGAUUAGACGGCAUAUUCUGGUUUUUCUUUAUGGUUUCAGGUUCAUCACCAAGUUAUUUGCUGAAUCUCCGUCUAGACAUUGCAGUGGGCUUUCAGUUCACUCUGUAGCCGACUUCUAAAUUGGACCUAUCUCUCGCAUGAAAGAUAUACUAUAGGGUUGUAGGCCGGUGGUGUGGCCUAGAUAAUGGGAUCCCAAGGGGAAGCAACCCAAGAGCCAAAGGCACAAUCUUCGGUUUACCAAGGAUCAUCCUUGUACAAUCUGACUCUUGAUGAAGUGCAAAACCAGCUUGGAAAUUUUGGGAAGCCACUAGGCAGCAUGAACCUCGAUGAACUGCUCAAGAGUGUGGGCACUGCAGAAGGUACUGGUCAGCUAGCUUUUGGGUCGUCUCUGAAUCGACAGAGCAGCCUGACAUUAUCUGAGGAUGUUAGAAAGAAAACUGUUGAUGAAGUUUGGAAAGAUAUGCAACAGAAGAAGAACACUAGGGAAGUGACGAAAUCUCAAGAAAGACAAACUAAAUUGGGUGAGAUGACCCUUGAGGAUUUCCUUGUGAAGGCAGGAGUGGUUUCGGAUUCAAAUAUGGCUUCUGAACACAAUAUUUCAGAGCAAGCUCAUUGGAUUCAAUACCAGCUCUCUUCACUGCACCAGCAUCAAAAUAAUCACGAUGUAAUGGCAGGUUUAAUGACUGGCCUUGGAGUUCAACAACAACCUUUGCCAGCAGUAUCAAACCCAGUUUCGGAUUCAUCCUACUCUGAAAAUAUGGUGGCAACAAUGUCACCAUCUUCUUUGAUGGGUAAGUUACCAGACACACAUAGUCCGGGAAGGAAGAGGGAGGCCUCUGGAGAUGUGGUUGAGAAAACCAUGGAGAGGAGACAGAAGAGGAUGAUAAAAAAUAGGGAAUCUGCAGCUCGGUCACGAGCUAGAAAACAGGCUUACACAAAUGAGCUGGAGAUUAAAAUUUCACAUUUAGAAGAGGAGAAUGAAAGGCUUAGAAGACAGCAUGGAUAUCUGCUGUGUUAUAUCUUGGAUUAAGCAAGUCAUGUAUAGAACUAAAAAUGGAAAUAGAGAGAGUGCUGCCGCUUGUUCCACCAGCUGAGGGUAAGCAUCAGCUUCGCAGAACAAGUUCGGCUUCUUUCUGACAUCUUCCUUGCGAUCACCCACUCCUCGUUUUCAUGGAUUCAUAGAAAUUUUUGCACAAUUAUUGGAACGCUCUUUUGCUUUAGAUAACUAAAGCUGAUAUUUUCCUUCCCUUUUUUUUUUUCUUUUUAGGUAGAAGUGAUAUUUUUCUUCAAUGUGCUGUUGUUUUGUGCUAGCGAUGAUCAUCUGAUGCAGAAUUGUUUUACUACAUGUACGGUUUUUACAAGUCUUGGGUCUCUUGCUAUCGUUACUUUGAUACUCUGAUACAUUCGGUUAAUUUGGU